UUUACCGACCGCACUCGAGACGCUGCAAGAUACCGGACAGAUUCCUAAGGUGCAUCUUAGUCCUUAAGUGAUUUUCGAGGUUGAAAGGAACGAAUAACGGAAUUUCAGUCUAUUACAGAUAUCAGCUGAGGAGGAGUUUGGAGGUGAGCGGAGAACACGAGCCGAUAUGCAGAAUCUGAGACUGCUCAUCUUAACCGUGCUGUUUUACUCAGCAUUCUCUGCAACUCUGAAAGCCCAAGAAGAGUCUCAGACUCUGUUUUUUGGGGAAGACUUCCACAUCCUCGUGCCGGCAGAUGGAGCUGAUGUGACGUUCAGGCCUUCGGUUGUUCCAGGUCGCGAGAAGCCGCUGAUGAGUUCUGGGAAAGUGGUGGAUCUUCGUGCCAAACUCAACUCUGCUUCGAGGCACCUGAUCUUGGAGAAUGUUGGAGAAAGUGAUGAAGGAGUCUACACCAUCACAUCUAACCAAAACCCAGAGAAUAUUACACGCAUCACACUCUAUGUUAGAGAUUGCUCUAGUGAGGUCAUCAUUAAGUACGGCUUAGAUUUUCAUGUAUCAUUGCAUGAUAUCUCAGACCCAGUGCGUGUGGGCUAUCGCCACAGCGCUGUGGAGGCCAAUCAGACGUCAUUGCCGGCUAAGGAACUGCUAAAUGCUGAUGGAAUGCCCAAGGAGAAUUACCAGGACCGCAUUGAGAUCACUCCUCAAAAGUUCACUUUGCGUGCUGUUACAGGGGCUGAUGAAGGCAGUUACACCUUUAGUGAUUCCAUUGGGAAAGUCCAGAAGAAAAUCUGCCUAAAUGUGAAAGCACAUCAGAUAUUUGUGACCCUUUCAUACGGUGGCACUCUGAAAAUAAACCUGCACAUGAAUAGCUCCCUAGCUCGCCUACUGUACAUCCCUCAGUCUGAUAAAUAUAAGUAUUUGAUUAUGGAGAACGGACAGCUCAACCUGCCUCCUAACCUGGAUCUUGAGGGUCAUCUCUCUUUGGAGGACUCUUUGUGUCUUCUUACCGACAUGAGGGCCAGCGAUGCCGGAGUUUUCAGUGUGACUGACCUUCAGGGAUUCCUGGUGUCUGAUGUCCACCUGGAGAUGGAACCAUACAGGCUUCCUAAACUCUACAUUGCUAUCAUUGCUCUGGUAGCAUUACUGGUGUUGCUGCUGUUGGUGUGCUUGGUGUCAUGUUUGGUGAAGAUGCGCAAACGUGCAGCAAAGGCCAGAGCCAUUGAGGAGAAAGUCCAGAAUGCAGGCAAAGUGGAGGGAGAUGCCUUCAGACAGGUUGUGAAAGAUGUCUGUACCCAACAGAAUGAGGAAGCCCCGGCCCUGUCACAGAAAGAAGACAUCACUGAGAAAUCACAGAGCACAGAGGUCAGCAUUAAGGGUUUGGAGGUGUCAACUAAAGAGCCAAGCCUUCAAGAGAGGAACAUAGAGACCAGUGACUCUGGAGUGGGCUUUAAUACCACUGGACUCCCGCUUGACAGUGACACUGAUGCCCCAACAGCAGCCAUAGCAGAUUCUGAUGUAUUGAGUUCCUUUGCUGCCCCUGAUGUCAAAGCCAUUCCCAACCAAAUUCCAGAGUCAAAGACAGCUCCCUCACCUCCAAAACCAGCACCAACUGCUGAUCUGAAACCAGCACCUGUGGCCAAGUCGACAGCUCCUCCACCACCAUCUCCCGAACCCAAACCACCAGUAACACCUGAACCUAAGCCCAAGCCUGCGGUCACACCAACACCUGAACCCAAACCUGCUGCUACACCUGAAUCGAAAAUGACCAUCUCACCACCACCUGAAACAAAACCGACCUUAAGCCCAUCACCAGAUCCCAAGCAACCUGUGACACCUGAUCCGAAACCAAGUCCAGGACCUGAGGCAACAACAACUGAUGUUAAACCAAUUCCAAGUCCAACCCCUGAAACUCCAAAAGCAGUAACACCAACUCCUGAUGCAAAACCAGCAGUUUCACCUACUCCUGAACCCACACCAGUUAAAGUUGGCUCUCUUGAACAGAAACCUGCUGUGAGCCCUCUGGAUACUAAACUGGUUUCUCCAGUCCCUGAGCCUAAACCAGCUUCACCCACUCCACAGUCUAAACCACCGGUCUCAGAGAUUCUCGACUCAAAACCAACUACAAAUGGUACUCCAGAAUCCAAGGCUGACAUUGAGUCAGAGCCACGUGCACCCAUAUCUCCUGGGCUGGAUGUGAAGGGCACAACCCCCCCCAAAACCCCUGAUACUGGGAAAAGCUCCAGUGGAGGUCUAGACUCGGCUUCCCCCAAUGACAGUGCACCACCUUCAAGCACUGAUGGAGCUGCCACCAACUGAGAUUAAAACGUAGCAUCUUUCCUGCCUCCUCCUAGUGUAUUAACCACCACAGACAAUCGAGACACUAGACUUAACAACAAAGAAGAGCUAAGUGACUUCAUCUUUUGAUUCUCACUUUUAAUAUAAUUAACAUGCAUCAAUAGAAAGAUCCACUGUAAAUCCACUGAGUUUACUAAUAUUUAAUCACCAUGUAACAGAGUUCAAAUACAGAAAAGAAGCAUUUCAGACCUUACACCAUUGGCUAAUUUAAUACAGAAUGAGGAUGGCUGUCUGGGCUAUUCCAAGAAAGUGUACAAAGACAAAUCUUCCUUCACAGAAAUAAUACAUCACUGCAUGAAGAUAUUGACAAAUAAAUUAUAUUAUCAGUUCCGUAAUCCAAGUUACUGUGGUUGAAUUUGGGGAAAGGCACACAGGAACAUGGGACAUUAAUCAUUUUCAUUCUUUAUGAGAUAAUUUCUGCUCCAUUUCGACCAGUCGGAGAAUCCAAAUAGCAGGACUGAUACUGAGAAAGCGACCAACCUUCUGCUGUCAGAGGACUGGAAAAGUGGAAAAAUCACGUGUCACUUUGACGCAUGCAAGUCAACAUGUCAUUUUGACAAAGGAGAUGAACAAGGAAACUACAGGAGUGCGAAGCAGAAGGAAGAAAAACCAUUUGACCAAAAAAAAA